AAUCCAUUCUCAUUUUUCGACUGCCAAAUUCAGUGACAUUUGCAGUUUUAUUAGCCAUUAAACUGCAUAGAGUUUCGAUCAAUUUUCAAAAUUUUUCUCUCGGAAAACAAAGGACGGAACAUCGAAGGACGGAAAAGUGAAAGGACUAACAGAAUUUGUAGAAUUUCGCGUGGCUGCCGAAAAACUGCCGAAGGCUCGAGGGUGCUGUUGAUGUUGGACGCGAGUAACUGCGAAGUUUGCGGGACGCAUGCUACCGUAGAUCAAUCUAGUCUCGAAGGCCUUCGGACGAGUGUUUUUGCGGCAACUCGGUAAAACGAUUGAAUUGGGAUCGGCGUGAGGCUCGGGCUAGACUCAAUUUGAUCGACUGUCAGAAUAUUUGCGAAUUAUAAGCGAUGGCUGUGAAACAGAAUAACUCCGAGGGAAGUGGCUCUUCGUCAGCCAGUGGCCAGGAUUCGAAUGCAGAAAGCGGUCAGAAGACGCUGGAUUUGGCUCGCAUGAUAGAAAUCAUGGAGCUGGUCAACGCAAGGCAUCAGCAGGGCGAGAUGAUUUCGGAGGCGGACAUAGUACAAAUCUACAAGCAUAUUGUACUUAACUUGUGCAACGUGCCAAUGCCCAGGCAGGCUUCGGAGAUGAAACAGUUCAAGGAGGACAUCAGCAAGAUAGGGGAGUUCCUGUCGAAGGUUAGCGAGGCGAACGCGUUUUCAGUGUACCUGAGUUACAUACAGAUCGUUUGCAGCGUGAUCACCGGGCCAGGUAAUCCAUCGGGAACGGUGGCAAUCGUGUUCCAAUUAUUCCCAGCUGAGUGGAUAUCGAAGGCGGUGGCGUUAAUCCUGUCUAGCACUGAGCAUGCAACUGACGAUGCAAUCCGCAAGACCGUGAACGUUCUUUGCCGCUGGUUGCGAUUGUGUGCAUUUUGUCAGAAUCUAAAUCUUUGGGUGUUAGCAAUUUUGAAUCGGUUACGCGAGCAGCAAAAAUACAAUUUGCUCUUUGACAUAGCCUUGGAUGUCGUGGAACCACUUUUUCUAGCCCUCAUUAUACCGAUCCUGCGGCCGAUGAUUGCACCUGUGCUGUUUCAUGUUUUAUCGUCAGUCAAGCACACACCAGAAGUUUUUCAUAAGAUCAUCAACCGUGUGCCCAGUGUUAUAAAGCAAUUGAAAAAUGAUUCAAUGAAUACGGAAGAGACAAAAAAAAUAUUGCAACGUUUAGUGGACGUACUAAGUGCCCUGAUAUCACAUUUUCCAGGAUAUGAAGAUCUGUACAAGGCAACGGAAGAAGCGUUGGCGGAAUUUACACCCUCGUAUGAUUAUCAAGCCAUACUAGAGUACCCGUCAUGGACUGAUACCGCAGAAAUACCAUUUUCGCAUACAAAUGCUCGUGUUGGACUUGUCAAUUUGGGUAACACCUGUUACAUGAACAGCGUUCUACAAACGUUAGUGAUGACCAAAGAAUUUAGCAGAAAUAUCCUUUUGUCUACGAGUAAAUCUCCAAUGCUUUUCAAAAUACAACAGCUAUUGGCUUUGAUGCUGCAUUCAAAGAGACCUGAACUUACACCGGGUGCAGUUUUACAUGCUACACGACCACCUGGUUUUCUUCCGGGUUUCCAACAAGACAGUUCAGAGUUUUUGGGUUAUUUGCUAGAAACGUUACAUGAGCAAGAGAAACAUUUUUAUAAGCAUGCGACCUUGAAAUUGGAUGAGAUGGCGUUAGCCUCGAGAGACAAUGGUACGGAUAUUGAAGUCAGCGAAGGGGCGAGUAGUUCGCAAAAUUAUAAAGAGACAUUCAACGGAAGCCAAGCAUCACAGAAGACUACCCGACAAACUGCUGUUGAGAAAACUUUUACAGGGAAAUUAACGACAACUUAUAAAUGUCUAUCAUGUAGUGGAGAAAGCAAAAAUACAGAUACAUUUCGUGAUCUUCAGCUAGCGUUCCCCGAGUUGAAAAGCGAUUGUGCAACCAACUACUCCGUCCAGGAUUUGCUUGACUACUACUGUUCGCCUGAGAAAUUGUGCGGUGACAACAAGUAUUUUUGCGACAAAUGUAAGAAGUUGAGCGAUGCUCAGAGAUUCAUAAAUUUCGUGAGUGCGCCAAAGAAUCUGAUUCUUACAUUGAAGCACUUCAAAUACGACCAAAAGUACCAUAUGCGAGCCAAGCUCAUGCAUAAAGUGUUCCAUGACGAAAAUGUAUCAAUCAAGGUAUAUUCACCGGAUACAUUGACGGAAACAUCCUCCGUGCACUACAAUCUAUAUGCAAGUGUCGUGCACUCGGGCGUUAGUAUGGAUUCAGGCCAUUACUGCACAUAUGCCUCCGAGCGGCCGGACGCUUGGUUUAAAUUCAACGAUAACGUUGUAACAACUUGUUCUAUUUCGGAAUUACAUAAUCUGGAGCCACCGAAUACACCAUACAUUCUGUUUUAUCAAAUGAAAUCAAAGACGUGUGAAAACAGUAACAGUAGUCCGUCGGAGGCAUCGAGUUCAAAUCAACUGAUUCGUGUUGAUAUGUCCGACUUUCCCAAUCUAGAGGAAUUGCCGCCACAUCUUAGAGAAUUUGUUAAUAAAGAUAACUUGGCUUUCAAGGAGGAACUUCGGAUUCGAAAGUUGAAUAUUUCGGCAGCGAGCAGGAGUGCCAGCACGGUAUCGAAGAAUAACCGCAACGGGGGAGGUGAUAAUCGAGAUAAUGACGAUGAACCUCCAAGUGCGUGUGGGGGAAAUGCUUUAAACUACGUUAAUCGAUUUAUUUGUUAAGAUUUCUUUUUUUGUUGAAAAAGAUUAGAAGAGGUUUUAUGUUUAAAUUAUUUCGAAUUGAUUGCCAAAUCUUUUUAAUAAUAAAAUGCGUAUUAUAAUAAAGAUGUUUACUCCUUUCCUAAA